GUCUUGCAUGAUCUUCCGCUGAAUGUCCUACCAGAUGUGGACAGCCCGAUACUUGAGCUGAUCGUUCCGUUGACUGGUGGUUUAGGCCAUGAUGACAACGACCUGUCCAAUGUUGUCGCUACUUUGCGAGACCAAGAUGGAAAAGUGGUGAAGUCUCCAGCAGAGAUCCACUUUGCGACGCACGGGUCCUUGGGAUGCUUGCAGGGAGGGUUUUGUCACGUGCAAGAUUCUUUGGUGGCGCGCAUGAGCACGUCUGAUGUCCAGAAUGCGGCCAUGGGGGAGUUGAAGGCCUUGCAAACAAAGAAGAG